CGAUGUUUCACAGAAAAAUGUUAAGACAAAAAGUGAUUGCUCCUCUGAAGAUUUCAAUAAACCAAGGUUGUCUUCUGCAUUUGUAAUCAGGAUGAAAACGCUUACAAUGUGCUCAAAUUAUAAACUGCAACAGAAACAAAGUAUUACCUUGAACUCCAGUCAACACAUUAUAGUAGACCUAGCAACAGAAUUGGAGAGGAUCACGAUAAAGGUAUCUGGACUAUCUUUAGCUUCCAUUGUGGUUGAUGACUUGUGUUUGGAGGAUUGCACAAGUUUUAUAUUAAGGUGGUCCGAGGAGCUGAAAUGUUUGAAGUCAAAAAACAUAGACAAGGUUUACUACACUUCAGGAUUCAAAAGCUGUUCAGAAGGACUAAAAGUCUAUACAGAUCGAACAUUGACUGGAGAUCAGAAAGAUUUGCUGUGGUGGAUUCAUAUUUUGCAGUCAAUUCCUAAGUCGUCAGUGUGUCAAGAAGGAUCUGCUAGAGUUGAGUUGCUAAAUCUCUACAGUCAGUGGAAGAAAGGAGAGUUGAAAAACAUGCUUCCUAUCAUGGACUUCAUUAUGCGAGCAUUACGGUACGAUACCGACAUCCUUUUUUUCACAGACUCUUGUUUGUGUAUGUAUUCCACUACCAUUAAAAUUACUGUCAAAUAG